GCAGCCGGGGCUUCCCUCAAAGCCACAACAAACCACGCCCCCUACAAACCACGCCCCCUACAAACCACGCCCCUUAAAGGCGGCAUAAACAAUCGAAGAUUACUAAACGCAGAGGAAGCGGAAGAAAAAGGUGGCAUAAACAAUCGAAGAUUAUAGACGCGAUGUCAAUGCCCGUUCAGAGGUCUUGCACAGCAGAUUGUUGCGGGAGCCUGGACAGAGAAGACUGCCCUGGAUUUGAAGGAUGUUCCUAAGCAGACACAUGGCAAUGACUGUGGUGUCUUCAUGAUAAUGUAUGCCUGGUACUUUGCCAUGGAUGCCUGCUUUGACUUCGGUGUUGAUGACAUGUGUCUCCUUAGAAGAUGGUGGUGCAUUGUUCUCUUGGAGAACUUUGGGCUGGAAGGGUAUGGAAGGAAGUUUGCUCAUUUUACAGAUGAAGGAAAGGCAACUCUUCGUGACAAUGUACCACCAGUAUUCAGGAUCACACGCAAAAGAAAACUUGAAAGCCCCAUGAAUCCACAGCACACUGACCCUGAAAUUGAUCACAUGUACUGUAAGAGGCCUUACAGUUUUCCAUCAAGAGAGCAGGUUCAAGACAAUAAUGACAGCAGUGACCAACGCCAGGAUGUGUUCACCACAACCAGAGAUGCUGGCAUCCUGAGUGAGGACAUGUCUUUCAACAGGCUAGUGGAACGAGCUCAGCAAGCUGAACAGAAGCGAAUCCUUGCCAGUGAGCUUCUGUUAACAUUUAUCACUCAGGAUGAAUGCCUGCGACAACACCUCCAAGCAGUCAUCGCAGGAAAACUCACACCGUCCUGGGCAUCAAAGGGAAGAGUGAGAAUUUUCCUCGAGAAAGAAGACCAGCUUGACAGAGUGAUGAGCUUCUUGGCCAGUCUGUUGGAAGCACAGGGAACCAAAUGUCAUGAUCAAGUGGCAUUUGUUAUGGACGUGCUUCUGCCAGAGGCAACACUCCAUGCUAUUGCUGGUGUACAUGCUGUUUCCCUGCACAGGGCCACAGAAAUCUAUGAAUGUGGACUGCAAUAUGACUACAGUGAGAAACAGCUGUUUGCACAUUAUGCAUCAAAAAACAUGAGCAAGGAGGCAGAGCAGAAAAUGCUGACAUACAAAGAACAACUCCAAAGAGCACUCGAGUCCAAGGACUUUGUGCAGAUGCUUUAGCUGUUGCCAAUAAAACACUAAACUGUU